AUGGCGGAAGUCGUGGGAUUGGUAUCCAGCAUCGUCGCUUUGAUAGAGCUCUCCGCAAAAAUCGCCGGACUGAGCUACAGUUACGCCCGUCAGGUCAAAAAUGCACCGAAAACACAGAAGCAAUAUCUUCAGCAAGUCUCCUCGCUGAUCGAGGUUCUGUAUCGCGUCGAGCAGGCUAUUGCAGUAUCCGAGUCAACGGGCCUGCUACCGGUUCGCCCGCCAAGUUUGAAUGAAGAUGCUAUUACUUCGACCGCAACGUAUCAAAAAAUUUCAUCGAUACAUUAUGAGCAAGAUCGAAAUUUGCUGUUAACAUGGGUUCCCACGCCCAGUAUCCCACUUCGACAGAAGCCAUCUCCUUGUUCAGGAACGGGGCGUUGGCUCCUAGGCACUGUUGCUGUUCAGGCAUGGCUAAGCAAAUCAACAGAGCUUCUGUGGUGUUACGGUCAACCCGGAGUAGGAAAGAGUUUCCUUGCCUCAGUGAUGAUCGACCACUUGUUGGAAAAACGAGAGCAUGACUCCCUAGUCAUAUACUUCUUCUGCGACUUUUCUUCACGGAAUCAAGUGACAACGAAAGAUAUCCUGCAGUAUCUGCUUCGACAGAUCGUCGAUCAAGGAAGUGAAAAGAUGCUAUCCACGCUCAAAGGGGCAUGUGGUGACCCGAGUGCGCUACAGAAUGCAAAUAAAGUAGUGCAAUUGCUUGCUCUGGCCGCAUCAGUGCAAUCAAUUUACUUGGUGGUGGAUGGUGUGGACGAGUUGAAAACACUAAAUGAACUACUUGAGCAUAUUCUUGAGCUUGCGAAAUCAAAAAUGCGCAUAAUGGUUACCAGCCGAGAUUUACCUCAGAUCCGAAGGAAGAUGAGCACGACUCUUCGGCUAAAUAUUAAACCUACAGAACACGAUCUGAGGCUAUAUGUCAAUAUGCGAUUGCAGGAUAGUGACUUUGUCGAAGAAGCCGCUAAAGAUAGCAGCUUAAUUGAUGACAUUGUGUCCAAAACCGGGAACAUAUUCCUCCUCACCCGACUGCUGCUCGAUGAGUUAUUGGACCUUGUGACCAUCUAUCAGAUACGCAAAGCACUUGAGAGGCCACCACAGGGUCUACAGCAGGCCCUCGAAGCGACACUGCAGCGGAUAGAUGCCCAGCCAUUGGCACGGAGAACUCUGGCUCGACGCUUACUGAGCUGGAUAAUGCUUGCAGAACGAAGGCUAAAAAUGAACGAAGUUGUGACUGCAUUUGCCGUCGAAGAUGGCGAGGAGCUACAUCCGGACAACAUGCCGAGCGCUGAUAUCCUCCAUCAGGUUUGUGCUGGGCUAGUUAUUCUCAACAAGGAUGAUAACACAGUCGGUCUGGUCCAUGUUUUUGCCUACGAGCUUCUCCAUAACUUAUUGCCGAAGAGGCAGUCACACAUUGAUAUUGCUCAAACUUGUCUCCGGUAUCUAUCGUUGAAGCCCCUGGGAGGGGGGCCCUGUGCAAGCGCGGCCGAAAUGCUCAACCGAGUCGAUUCGCUUCCUUUUCUGGAAUACUCUUCCAAGUAUUGGGGACAUCACGUCAUAUCGGGGGACUGUGAAAAGGAGCUGGAGUCGCUGAUUCUGGAGCUUUUGGAUGACUCGCGGCUCAGUGACAGUGCAUUUCAGGCUCUCCAAUUCCGCCGGGAGUAUGCCUCCACGGGGACCGCGGAAGAAUUGUUUCAAUCCCUGCCUAUAAAUUCGCAUGCGCUGCAUCUGGCAGCUUAUUGGGGCUUGACUCGAAUUACAGGCAAGAUUCUGGAAGCUGGUGCACCUCCAUCCCCCGUUGACUCGCAUAAAUGGACACCUCUCCAUUGGGCAUGUGCUAACAAUAGGCUGGGCGUGGCAGAGCUUCUUUUGAGCCGCGGAGCAGACGUUAAUGCCCAGGAUAACCAAGGAUGGAGCCCAUUGUUUUGGAGUGCAUUUGUAGGGAGUAACCUCAUGGUGCAUCUUCUACUCUGCAAUGGCGCGGAUCAUCUCGCUCGAAGUACGCUCGGAUGGACGGCCUUGCACUGGGCCAUUUCAGGCGGACAUACCGAGUUAGCAAAGAAACUCCUCGACCACCACUUGGAGUCCCAGUCACCCAAGCCAUUAUUCCAUAGGAUGACUAUGAAAGAAAUCGAAGCAUACGCCAAUACCACCUCUCCAUUAGAUGUAGUUGCCGGAGACCAGGAUUACGAUAUCUUCACGGCCCUAACGAAUCAUCUUCAGACGUCACGUGGAACGAUAACAGAUGCUGGAUUUAACGAGAUCUGGAAACGAGAAAGCUUCGAUGUUCCUGUGUCAUUCAAUCUAUGGAGAACUAUGACAAAGGGUGAACGCAUCAAUGGACGUGAUUGGCAAUAUCAUGGUACUAUACGGAUCGAGAAUAGCUUGGAAAAGCGGGAAUCUGGCCCCAAUAAUUGGAAGUCCUCCCUCCUAAUAUCGGCCAUUCGUGACCAGCAACUAUCAUCAGUGGAGCUUUUGGUCAAAGCGGGAGCGGACAUGGAAAACAAUAGAGCACUGUUUAUGGCUGCUCGUCGACAGGAUCCCAGAUAUGUGCAAUGCUUGUUGGAGAAUGGCGCCAAUCCAAAUGCCACAGACCACUAUGGACGGACUCCGCUACACGACGCCAUCAUGGACGGCUUUGUUGAAACUGUCGGCGCACUUCUCGAUGGAGGAGCAGAUGUAAACAAGCCUGUCACGCGUGACUUUGACUCCAUCCGCGUGGACAAAGUUGAUAUCGAAAUGGUUAACUACAGCAUUGAGUGCAACGACAUUGGAUCUACAGCCUUGAUACUGGCCAGUGGAUUUGUCCAACGUGAACACUAUGGGACUGAACGAUUUCAAACACAGCCAUCAGGAUUUGAAUUAAUCACGCAAAUCACCCAAUUGCUCCUUUCUAAGGGCGCGGAUCCGGGUCUGAAGGAUCCUUCGGGGAGAACAGCGCUGCAUUAUGCAAUGCUACGACCGCACCUACCAUGGGUCAAGUUGCUGAUCGACGCAGGAUGUCCGGUUGAUGCGGUGGACUGCAAUGGGAGCAUGCCACUGCAUCUUCUGGCGGUGCGCCAAGAAGACGGUCUUGACGGGCAUGAUUUGAAGGCGAUCGUGUGUCUUCUUCUGAAUGGCAAGUGUGAAAAUGGUCAAGCCGAUAUAUUAAACCAACCGGUGCCUGCGACGUCCGCCAUCCAAGACACACGUAGUAGUCGGAAAAAGAAUUUAAUGUAUUUCUACGAAGUUGAACAUGGUUUUGAAUCGUUUCACAGAACGUUGAAGCGAGCAAAAGGAUUCGAGGAAGGACUGACUCCUCUGACCAUGGCACUAAAAGCUGGUAGUUGGACAUUGGUUCAAGUACUAUUGGAACUAGGAGCUACAUUUCCCACACAUUUAAAUCUGACUCCGAUUCUGACUCAUGCUAUCAAGAGCGCUGAGCCGAGUAUGAAAAGUCUACUCAUCCUCCACGGUGCACGUCCUUCACCCGGUGCAAUCUAUGACCUAGUGAAUUCAUUCGUGGCUCAAACAACACCGGAUACCAUCACAAACCCCGCGGAGGGCAAAGACGUGAUGUCAGAUUUCAAAAGAAGUCUGGAAGAGCUGGCUUCAGCUGGUGCGGACGUUAACUUUCGCCAAAAUGAAGAAACCCCCUUGGUGGCUGUGGCAACUAAGUGUGGCUCGGAAACUGCUAUCCAAGCCCUUCUUGAUGCGGGCUCGGAUGUCUAUACAACACUGUCAAAGACUUUUGACCCCAUUCUCGCAUUAGUAAUUUCUGGGCAGUCUGUCCAUCUCGACUACUUGUUGGACUAUUCUGUGGCACAUCCAAGAAAAGGUCAUUGGUCAAACCAUUUAAAUGAAGUAUCCCAUGAGAGUGACCCAGUCAUGCGCGUGUGUCGAUCUCUGCAAAAGGCGAAGGUAAUCAAUCGUACAAACAGCGAUGGACGCACUCUAUUACAUCUGGUCGCUCAGCAAGGAAAUAUCGCAUUAGUGACUGCCCUUGUAUCAUGUGGUGCCAAAACCGAUAUUGUAGAUAGCACUGGAUGGCUCGCAGUCCAUUGCGCUGGAUUUGCCAAGCAGAAUUCUGUGCUGAGUUACUUACUGCUUGAACAGAGUACAAAGUCGUCCUCUAAGGAAAUGCAGAAAGUAAUUAGCAAGGACGAUAAUUCGACCAAUGCGCAUAAUAUGCUCGACGUAGCCGUUCUGGAUGGAAACAUUGACAUGGUCUCGUCUCUUCUGAACUUUGGUGGCAAUUCAAAUUCAACGAUACAUAAAGGUGGCAAGCACUAUACCCUACUCGGUUAUGCAGCCGAACAAGGAGAAAGGGAGAUUGUUUCCUUGCUUCUCGACCACGGCGCUGAUAUAGAGAAAGAAAACAAAUGCGGUUGGCGUCCGGUUCAUCUAGCAUGCUACCGAGGCCACGCGAGGAUUGCCGAAAUCCUCAUCGAAGCAGGGGCAGACGUACACGUUGCAACUGUAGAAUGGAAUGAACCGCAUAUCAGACCUCAAGGGAUCUAUCAAGGUACUCCCUGGACCGGACAACCGCUUCACCUUGCUGCCAUGAGUGGUCUGGCAGGUAUUGUACAGCUGCUGCUUGAACAGGGUGUCGAUAUUCAUGCCAGCACGGGUGUAGACUCUGGCAGCUCGUAUGGUCCGACUGCGCUUCACCUCGCGCUGGAUACGAGUCAUUGGUAUGGCAAUCGGUGCGGUGACAUUCUCGAUUCUGGCAGACUUCAGAUCGCGCAGUGGCUGGUUGGUCGAGGGGCCAUGGUGCAAGGCGUUAUACCUGACUCGUUGCAUCAUAUUCGGAAAUUCCGAGAAUUUCCCGGUCUUUGGGAUGCACUUGUAGCUGGCGACAAGAACGAAAGUAGCAAUAUUUCCUCUUGA